AUGGGUCUUUGGAAUGAGGUGAUCAUAAUGUCUGGGAUAACGGUGCAGUUUACCAUUGCUAUCAAUGAUCAGUGUUUUGUUCCAGGAAACAUGAACCUCGUGCAAAACCUCAUGGAGAGGCUAAGACCCAUUGUAGGUAUGAAAAGCUGGAACUACUGUGUUUUCUGGAGAUUGAAUGAAGAGCAAAGGUUUUUUGAGUGGAUGGGCUGUUGUUGUGCUGGAACUGAGAACUUGCAGAAUGGUGGAGAAGAGAUUCUCUUUCCUGUUUCUUCUGUUCUUCCUUGCAGAGAUUUCAUGUUCAUGCACCCAAGGACCAUAUCUUGUGAUCUACUAGUGCAGUUACCUUCUUCUAUGCCUCUGGAUUCUGGAUUUCAUGCACAGACCUUUAUGUCUGACCAACCCAAAUGGUUCAACGUCUCUAUGAACUCAGAUUCAAAUGUUUCCGAAGAAACAGUUGGGACUAAGGUUUUGAUUCCGGUGCCUUUUGGACUGAUUGAGCUAUUCGUUGCUAGACAGAUAUCUGAAGAUCAAAAUGUCAUAGACUAUAUCAAAGCGCAGUGCAGCACCUUCUUGGAUCAGCAAACUAUAAUCAAUUCAAGCAAUGUGGAUUCAAACUUCUCGGUGAACGUAAAUGCAAUCAGUGAAGUCCAAUCAAAGCCGCCCUUGUUUUCUAGCGGAAAUGAUCAGAAGGAUCACAACAGUUUUCAUCAGCCACCAGUUUCCCCAGCAACUGCAAUGGAGAAUAAUUUGAAUCUGCCAUAUGACAUCUCUAUUGACAGAAUCCAUUUGUGUACUUCUCCAAUGAACUAUUUGCACCAAUAUAAUUUCACAGAAAAUCGAUCCAAGACCGAUAUGUUCAUGGAAGGGACAAAUGAAUCGUUUCCUUCUGACAAGCCAUUGAACCCUUUUCAGUCUUCUCCAGAAAAUAAAUACCAAGAUAUGGAUUCAUUUCAAAAGUCUCUGAUGAGCAAUAUGGGAAACGUGCAUGGUGUAGAGAGCUUAGGUAACAUGGAGCAGCAAGGAAAUGACAAGGAUUCAAUGAAAAACGAGACAGGUCGAUCAGAUUCAGUCUCUGAUUGCAGUGAUCCAAAUGAUGAUGAAGAAGACACCAAGUAUCGACGGAGGACAGGAAAGGGUCCUCAAUCCAAAAACCUUGUUGCUGAGAGGAAGAGAAGGAAGAAGCUUAAUGAUAGACUCUAUGCUCUUCGGGCUUUGGUACCCAAUAUUUCUAAGUUGGAUAGAGCUUCUAUACUUGGAGAUGCCAUUGAAUUUGUGAAGGAAUUGCAGAAGCAAGUCGAAGAUCUCCAAAAUGAGCUAGAAGAACAUUCAGACGACGAGGGUGCCAACAAUAACCACAGCAAUCUGACCAACGGCCAGCCGGAUAUUCUACUCCGAAAUGGUACCAAUCUUGGACCAGGACCUGAACAUGAAAAACUAGGCAAUGGGUUUCAUAUGGGAGUAUCCGGCAAUGGCGGCACUGAGCUCUUGAAACAAAAUCCGGACUCAGAAAAUACUGGUGACAAGGUGCAGCAAAUGGAGCCGCAAGUGGAAGUGGCUCAACUGGGUGGAAAUGAGUUCUUUGUGAAGGUAUUCUGUGAACACAAGGCUGGUGGAUUUGCGAGGCUGAUGGAGGCUUUGAAUUCUCUAGGCUUGGAAGUAACAAACGUGAAUGUAACUAGCUUCAGAAAACUGGAUUCCAAUGUUUUCAAAGUAGAGAAAAUAGAUAGUGAACUGGUUCAAGCUGAUCAUGUAAGGGACUCCUUGCUCGAGCUAACACGUAACCCAAGCAGAGGCAGGUCUGAGAUGGCUACAACGUCCGAAAAUGGCAAUGGCAUGGAUCAUCACCAUCACCACCUGAUCCACCUCCAUAGACGCCAAAUCAAUUCUCACCACCACAUGCACCACUUUCAUACCAACACAUGA